AUGCCCCAACAACCGAACUACUACAGAGUUCUCGGUGUCUCUCCGCAUGCCACCCAAAGGGAGAUACGCAUCGCCUACAAACGAGAGUCCCUAAAAUCACACCCAGAUCGAGUCCCGGCGGACUCGCCUGAACGGCCCGCGCGGACACGCAAGUUCCAGGGGAUUAGCGACGCCUACUACACCCUUUCCGACGAGUCACGACGACGACAGUACGACGCAUCACGGGCCGCUGAAGAUGGGGUAGAAGAAGAGGACGAAGAGCCCUCGGGCGGCGACGAAGGGUUUGCAUGGUCAAAUUUCGGGUUCAGCUCGGCGGAACGCGAGCAACGAGCUUCCGACCAGUUCGGGUCGGUGUUUGAGGAGAUGCUCCGCGAAGAAGGGCUUGCCAGCGAGGACGAUGCCGGUGACGCACGCGGUCGCACCCGACCUACCUCUCGAUUCUGGUCUGUGGUGGGUGGACUGAGCGGUGGCGCGCUUGGGUUCAUUGUGGCCAAUGCCCCCGGGGCUUUCGCGGGCGCAGUUGCGGGAAAUCGCCUAGGCGCCGUCCGCGAUGCGAAGGGGAAAAGUGUGUAUGAGGUCUUUCUCGACCUUCCACAGAAUGACCGCGCCCGGCUGUUGAGUGAGUUGGCAGCCAAGGUCUUCCAGUCAACGGUGGGACGCUAG